UAAAUGAGAGAACCAACUGUACAAUGCGGAGUGUAACUUGUUCUAUCGGUUUUUCAAGGUCCCUCCAGCCGUGAUGAACUACCACUAUAAAACAAAGUAUACGUUGCGUACUGAUGCAAUUUUCAUUAUUUGUCAAGUUUCCUCUUCGUUAAGAACACGCAUAUCCUCCGUUCCGUAACCAAGGCAACGUAACAUGUCUGAUUAUUUCAUAAAUCGCGCACAAGUCUGUAUUCCAAAGCAGUCUGUCGCAGCUCAUAAACAAUAAGAGGUAAACUGCCGGCACCAUGAAGGCGUAUGUGGUUCUUGUAGUGAUCCUGAUGACGUCGCUAGCGAGAGCUGCCGACGACGCUCCGCCGUCGAAAGACGUCGAAGUCAUUGUACCCAAGGAGAGGCCAAUCCAUGUCCGUAGUUUCCCUGCCAUUUUUGGACACAGCAGCAACAUAUAUGAGAUACCGAUGCAUCCUUAUCAUUUUGACCUUCAGCCUCUGAUGGCCUUGGCUGUCCUUAGCGGCGGGGGCGGUGACGCUGAAGGCGGGGGAUGCAGCGGGGAGGUCCUCUUCAGGCAACCGAACCCCAGGGCUCCAGUGCUUGUCACAGGCAACGUGACCGGAUUGUCUCCGGGUCUCCACGGUUUCCACGUGCACCUGAAAGGAGAUAUUAGACAGGGCUGUGAGUCUGCAGGCCCACACUUCAACCCUUACAUGCACCGCCAUGGUGCCCCUGAAGACUUGAUGCGUCACGUGGGCGACCUGGGUAACAUCAAGGCAGGAGAAGACGGUCUGGUCAAGCUGGAGUUCCUGGACCCUGUCAUCGACCUGACGGGAGGGUCACGCGGCAUCGUUGGACGCACUCUCGUGGUUCACGUAGGACAGGAUGACUUCGGGCGUGGUCGUGACGAGGAGAGCGUCAAGACGGGAAACUCGGGAGCCAUGAUCUGCUGUGGCGUCAUCGGCUACCUCAACUGAUGACACAGUGGUUAAAAUAACACUACAGUGACAUGUUUCGGUCGAAGUAGACCAUCUUCAGGAUAUUCAAAACAGAGAAUUCCUACGAAUUAUUAAGUGCUGCUAUAGUAAUGUGACUCAUUUUCAUGUAGGCUAUUUGUGAAUAAAAACUGAGAUAAUUCAAUUAAAUAUACAUAAAUGAAAAAUUGUUGGAUCCAACUUACAUACUUUUUCAAAAUACAUAAAAUGUGUGUCAUUGUUUGAAAUUGUACUUAAAAAUUAAUAACUAGGGAUUUUUUUUAUUAAAAUGCACACAUGCGUAUGCAUAUUUUUGCUGA